AUGUAUACCAUCUCAAACAUCUAUGUUCUGGCCGCCUUUGGUACCAUUGGCGGUGCCUUGUUUGGUUUCGAUAUUUCGUCCAUGAGCGCUUGGAUUGAUCAGGAGCAAUAUCUUCAAUACUUCAACUACCCUAACUCGAAUCUGCAAGGAGGUGUAAGUACACGCCUAUGUCUAGCUGGAAAUCUUGCUAACAAACAGAUANNGAUCACUGCAUCCAUGUCAGGAGGAUCUUUCCUGGGUGCUCUUGCUGCUGGAUUCAUCUGUGAUUCUGUCGGUCGUCGCAGAUCUCUUAUGAUUGCCUCUGUUAUCUGGAUCAUUGGAUCUGCCAUCCAAUGCAGCUCGCAAAACGUUGCCCAAUUGAUCGUGGGCCGUGUGAUCAGCGGUCUUGCUGUCGGUAUCACGUCUUCUCAAGUGCCCGACUUCAAGCCAACCAGUACUAACACAAGGACCUCANNGUGUGUCUACCUUGCAGAACUCGCCCCAGCCUCCAUACGUGGAAGGAUUGUUGGUAUUCAGCAGUGGGCUAUCGAAUGGGGUAAGGAUAAAGACGGUCCUUCUGCUUUCCGUAUCGCCUGGGGUAUCCAAGGUAUUCCUGCCUUUAUUCUCCUCGGAUCCCUAUUUUUCUUCCCGGAGAGCCCACGCUGGCUUGGGUCCAAGGGUCGAUGGCAAGAAGUUGAGAACACUCUCGCUCUCCUACACGCCAAGGGCAAUCUCGAUGAUCCGGCCGUACAAGCUGAACUGCUAGAGAUUCGCGAAGCUGUCGCGGCCUCUCAAAACACCGAGGGUGUCACCUUCUUUGGACUGUUUGGCAAGAACAUGUGGAGACGUACAUUGUGCGGUACCACCGUUCAAAUGUGGCAACAACUGCUUGGAGGUAACGUUGCCAUGUACUACAUUGUCUACGUCUUCCAGAUGGCCGGUCUCGGCGAUCAGACUCUCACCUCAUCCAUCAUUCANAUAGUAAGUUCUCAGCCGCUUCAAGUUUCCAUACGAUCGGAAUUCCUAAUCGAACUUCUCAGCGUCAUCUUUCUUGUCACCACCGGUCUCAUUCUACCAUACAUUGACAGGAUUCCUCGCCGCCUGCUUCUUCUGACCGGUUCCAUCGUAUGCUGCAUCUGCCACUUCACCAUCGCCGGCUUGAUGGCUAGCUACGGACAUCAUGUGGAUUCGAUCAACGGCAACACAAUUCUGAGAUGGAAGGUCGAUAACGGUACUGCUGCUAAAGGUAUCAUCGCCGUCAGUUACAUCUUCGUGGGCUUCUAUGGGUUNNGUCCUGGGCUCCGUGCGGUUGGAUCUACUCAAGUGAAGUCUUCCCCCUCAAGUACCGAGCUCAGGGAGUCGGUCUCUCUGCCGCAACCAACUGGAUCUUUAACUUCGCUCUCNGCAUACUUCGUUGCUCCCGCCUUCACCAACAUCCAGUGGAGAACCUACAUCAUCUUCGGCGUUUUCUGCUUCGCCAUGACCAUUCACAUCUUCUUCACCUAUCCUGAAACCCAUGGAAAGACGCUUGAAGAGAUCGACAUCCUGUUCGACGCCAACAUUCCUCCAUGGAAGAGCAGCCAGGUCAAGAGCCGCUUCAGCGAGAGAGUCGAGACUGCUGUCCGCAAGGGCUCCGUCACCGAGCACGUCGAGAACGAAGCCGAGAAGAAGAGCGAUGACUUUGCUGUGCAAAAUGAGAGCGUUUAG